AUGUCUUCACCUUGGAAGAAACAACCAGAGGAUGUCGUCGACAGUGUGCUCAAGCGUGCAGAAGUAAGCAAGAUCGCACGCCGUCUGCAGAACCGCCUUGCCCUCGCAAAGUUCAAGACAAAGCAUGGCUGGGAAGACCUCACACUCGACUCCAUCGAGCCCAAAGUCGAAGAAGAGCUGCGAAGAAAGCGCCUGGCCGAGCCUACAGAUGUUCUCUCCGACUCAUCAUCAAGCGCAUCCGAUCUCCCAUAUCCAUCAAGGGCUCUCAUGAGCUCCCCGAUGAAGGCUCCCCUAUUUUCAGAUGCGAUAGGCUCCAGCAACGGCAGCACCGGCCAUCGCAAGCGCACAUACCUCGCCACAUUUCACGAUGUCUCAUCGAGUCCCAGCAAACGAUUCCGACUCUCUCCUACAGCACACAAAUCCUUCGGCAGCAGCAGUGUAUGGAAGAACUCGCAUCACAUUGCACGGCCGUCUCCUCUCAAGCCGCGGCGGCAACAACACUUCACUACCUCGGGCGGACCCGAUGUCUCCUUUUAUCAGCAGGGUCUGAUGGGCCGUGACCUGACAUCACCUAAUUUUGCAGCCCCUUCAGACGAUGAUGACGAUCUUCUGCCUCUUCACUCCUUCAACCCUACCAACAUUCGAUCAUCUCCUCCUCGCACACCGCCCAUGCGGACCCGAUCUGUCAACAAGCGAAGCAAAGGCGAAGCCGGCCCAGGGCCUAACGGCAAGACCGGCGAGGAGGGCGCAGACCUCCUCCUUUACCUCGCAGCUUCACCAUCGCCGGCUGUCAGAACCUCGACAAGGACACGAAUGGAGCCUCCUUCGACCCCUCCCCAGAAGAACAACAAGAUGGAUUUGCCUUCUUCCAUGAUGAUGACACCUGGUGGGGGUAACAUGUUCCCAACCACCCCAAGCCAAGCUUUCGACUUUGCCGAAUUUGUCAAUAUCACACCCAGUCCAGCCCAAAAGCCGUUCAAAACGCCAGUCUCACUCACGGCAACUAGGACGCCCGUGAGCGGAGCACAACGGCGACUCACGUUCGACUAG